CAAGAGAAAAGGCGGGGACUAUAAAAACCAAUGAGGAGCUCGUCCUUAUCCGCUACCACGCCGUUCCUCUCGCCGGCCGCCGCCGAUCGCCGGAGCGGCUCCUCCGCCUCCUCCUUCGAGAUGACCACUCCAGCGAGGCCACCGCGCACCGUCUUCCUUGGCGUUGAUGUUGGCACCGGCAGCGCCCGUGCAGGUCUCUUUGAUACAAAAGGCAGGCUUUUAGGCACACACAGUAGUCCCAUACAAAUAUGGAAGGAAGGAGAUUGUGUGGAGCAAUCUUCGACUGAUAUCUGGCAUGCUGUCUGUGCUGCUGUCAAAGAAGCAUGUUCUUUGGCGAAUGUUGCUGCCGAGGAAGUGGUUGGUUUAGGAUUUGCUGCUACCUGCUCUCUUGUUGCUGUUGAUGCAGAUGGAUCUCCUGUUUCGGUCUCUUGGAGUGGUGAUGCAAGGAGAAAUAUUAUUGUUUGGAUGGAUCAUAGGGCUGUAAAUCAGGCUGAGCGGAUUAACGCCAACAACUCACCAGUGCUACAAUACUGUGGCGGAUCUGUUUCCCCAGAAAUGCAGGCUCCUAAGCUUCUUUGGGUAAAGGAGAACUUGCAAGAAUCAUGGUCCAUGGUGUUUAGGUGGAUGGAUUUAAGUGAUUGGUUGGCAUACAGAGCUACAGGAGAUGAUACCAGGAGUUUAUGCACCACUGUCUGCAAAUGGACAUACCUUGGACAUGCACACAUGCAACAAGUAAAUGAUAAAGGUUCUCGAAAUAUGGAAGCAUGUGGAUGGGAUGAUGUUUUUUGGGAAGAAAUUGGCUUAGGUGAUCUUAUAGAUGGACACCACGCAAAAAUAGGACGGAGUGUAGCCUUUCCCGGUCAUCCUAUGGGUUCGGGUCUAACACCUACCGCUGCCAAGGAGUUAGGUCUAUUAGCUGGGACUCCUGUUGGGACUUCUCUGAUUGAUGCUCAUGCUGGUGGUGUCGGCGUGAUGGAAAGUGUGCCUAACUCAGGAUCUCAGGACAAUAAUACUUUGCCUGAUAAUGGAGCGAUUGGCAACCGGAUGGUGUUAGUUUGUGGGACAUCUACUUGUCAUAUGGCUGUCUCUGAGAGCAAAUUAUUUAUUCCAGGCGUAUGGGGUCCUUUUUGGUCAGCAAUGGUACCUGAGUAUUGGCUUACGGAAGGCGGCCAGAGUGCCACUGGUGCUCUGUUAGAUCACUUGGUUGAGAACCAUAAGGCGGCCCCUCUUCUUUCUAAUAGAGCUGCAGCCCAGCAUAUCUCCCUCUUUGAAUUAUUGAACAGAAUGUUAGAAUCAAUGGUUCAUGAGGUGAAAGUCCCAUUUCUCUCUGCCUUAACUGAGAACAUACAUAUCCUUCCUGAUUUCCAUGGCAAUAGGUCACCGAUUGCCGACCCGAAAUCUAAAGGAACGAUUUGUGGCUUAACACUUGAUAGUAGUGAGAAACAGUUGGCCCUUCUAUACCUCGCAGCAAUACAAGGUAUUGCAUAUGGCACACGUCACAUUGUGGAGCACUGCAAUUCUCAUGGCCACAAGAUUAAUACACUUCUUGCUUGUGGUGGUCUUGCCAAAAACCCAUUAUAUCUUCAGGAACAUGCAAAUAUUGUUGGAUGUUCAAUUAUUCUUCCAAAAGAGAAUGAAUCAGUGCUCCUGGGUUCUGCCAUAUUGGGAGCUGUUGCCUCCAAACAAUAUCCAAGCCUUCAUGAUGCCAUGAAAGCACUAAAUGCAGCCGGCCAGGUGAUUCAUCCGUCAAAAGACCCAAAAGUAAAGAAGUACCAUGAUGCAAAGUAUCAAAUUUUCAGAUCACUCUAUGAACAACAGUUAUCAUAUCGUUCCAUCAUGGCAGAAGCACUCUCAUAAGUCUUAACAAUACUUGUCCUUGCUUUCUAGCUUC